UACUCUGGCGCUUCAAACUAUACCAAAUAUAGCUGGUGUAUAUUUAAUUCCUUGCUAAUAAUGCAAUUCCACAUUAGUUUAUAGUCCUACACAAUGUGUAUAACAUUAAAUGACGUCACAGAAAUACUUGGUUGUCUUUAGAUUUGUACACGCCAUUUUGUUUAACGCUGAUUUCUAGUUGAAAUUCAAGAGGUUGCGGUACAAAAGCCAAGGUAUGACCCUUUUGCAUACCGUCAUUGUAGUUGGUGCACUCAUCUUUCUCAAUGUGAAUUUCACAGAAGCUGAAGAAGAAAUUCUUUUACAGGCAAGUGCACAAGAAGUAGCCUGGCAGACAGACCUGACCUUAACGUGCAGCAUACCUCUUCCUCCAAAACAUGUUAAAAACGUAAUGGUUGGUUUUUAUAUAGACCACAACAAGCCUCAAAACAUAUGCAUGUUUGAAAAAUCUCAAAACAGCAUAUGUCACGGUGACCCUGUGGGUAUAAAGGCUGCUUGCAUUUGUCCAAUCCAGGACAAUUCUAAAUGGGCGAACUAUACUGUGACUAUACGGAAUAUAGAAGCACAUAUGACGGCAUUUUGGUGUGGAGCAUAUGCUAUGAAUGGAAGACCAAGUGAUAUGACAAAGCGCAGCAAUGUUGUUGAGGUCGAAAUCUUAUAUUCCCCUGAAAAGACAGUAUGGAUGAAAGAGGAUUCAACAGAGCCUCUGGGUUCAGAGGUAUUCGUCAGUGGCAGGGAAACGUUGAAUUUGAAAUGCGAAGUUACCGGAGGAGUUCCACCUGUGAAAAAGAUAUAUGUAUCCUGCGAACCAGACAUGUACGAGUAUCCCCUAAAAACAUGGGUGACACAUACACCAAACAUGUUACCACUGGACAUUUCUCGUUUGCUUUCAAAAAAUCUGUUCUUUCGAUGUACUGUCAGUGUCACGGGGUUCAGUUGUCUGAUGAUUUGGAGGAAAGGAUCACGGCUAUAACAAUUUGGUUUAAAGAUAACUUGAAGUUGACCCUGCUUGCUCAAAUAGUGAGUGAGAAGAGAUCACUCAAGUUGACAUGUACUGUCGAAGCCCACCCAGAUGUUCCGUACACAUUUUCAAAAUUCAACCACUCUAUCCAGGGAGUGGUGGUGAGGCAGCUGACCGGGACGAGGGUUUCCAACUCAUUGGAGUUCACCAUCCAGCCCUACAGCUACGAAGACUACGGACGGUACACGUGCGUGGCUGAGAAUGAGUUCACCACAAGAGUAGUCCACACAAAGCCAGAUCUUAAGAUAAAGAAGUUUCCGCUGGUCUCAGUUUUAAUACUAAAUUGUUUUACAGUAAAGAAGUUUCCGCUGGCAGAAGGCUCAAGCGAUUAUCAGAUGAUUUCAGCUUUUCGUCACCAAAAGGUUCUGCUAAGUAAAACCAUACUCAGCGAUAUCAAAACAAUCAGAACGUUUAACUGGACGGAUGCAGAAGGACAUUACAGAAAGGGCAUCAAACGAAUCGUAACCGCCAACGAUGUUAAGCCAUGGCGUCCCAUAAUGCCUUUAAUUAAGCCAGUCUACAGUGCAGUGCGCACACAGCCCACGUCUCAGGAAUCUAAUACAGCCACAGGCCCAGGCAUUGUAGCGCUAAUAGUCAUCAUAGCUGUAGCUGCUGUAGCCAUUCCCGGAGGUUGGUUCGUUCACAAGAGAUGGAAACGAGGUUUCAACUUCUUUGCAAGGAAUAAUUAA